ACUGCAUCUCCCAUAAUUCCUUGUUUCCUCGUGGUAAUUACUUCCGGUUUGAGCGGGUCCCUUUGCCUGACCCACAGAGACAGAGACAGAGAAGUGUGUGUACGGGAGCCGCGCCGCACUCCUCUCCUCAUGCCCCUGCAGGUGACAUGGCCGUUCCCACAGUGCCCCCGUCUGGGCUGGAGGAUAUCCAGCGCGUUCGUGAUGGGCAUGGUGGGAUCCUACAGCUACCUGUGGACCAAGUAUAUGAACUCUUUGUCAGUUCACAACCAGGACGUUCUGCUGGACCUGGUGGAUGAACGGCCUCAGGACACGCCCCUCAUCACCGUGUCCAAUCACCAGUCCUGCAUGGAUGACCCGCACAUCUGGGGGGUGUUGAAGCUUCGGCAGCUGUGGAACUGGAGGAGAAUGAGAUGGACCCCGGCGGCGUCGGAUAUUUGCUUCACGAGGGAAUUCCACUCUCACUUUUUCAGCAGAGGGAAGUGUGUGCCGGUGGUUCGAGGUGAUGGAGUGUAUCAGAGAGGAAUGGACUUCCUGGUGGAGAGGCUGAACCAGGGCGACUGGGUGCACGUAUUCCCGGAGGGGAAGGUGAACAUGACGGAGGAGUUCAUCAGGUUGAAGUGGGGAGUCGGGCGUUUAAUAGCUGAAUGUUCACUUCAUCCCGUUAUCUUGCCCCUGUGGCACAUCGAUAGGACUCAUAAAAGUGUAUCAGGUUUCAGGCAGCAGCAGAAAAGUCUGAAUGAUGUUCUUCCUAAUAAAAGUCCGUACAUCCCUCGAGCAGGAAAGAGAGUAACUGUGUUAGUCGGAAAACCUUUCACAGUCAAGCACAUAGUCGAAGCCCUGAGAGCGGAGAAUAAAAGUCCGGUGGAAAUGAGGAAAACGCUGACGGACUUCAUCCAGGCCGAGUUCCGCACUUUGAAAUCCCAGGCUGAAGCUCUUCAUCAGAGGAUUCAGACCAGCCGGUGAUCCACACACAGUUGGAGAACCUGGAGGGUACGCUGGACAUGGACUCAUACACACACACACACACACACACACACACACACACACACUGAUCAGACUGGAGUGAAGUGAGGCUGAAUGAGAUGAACAGUCGAGUGUGUAAAUGUUCCUUCAGAGAUGUUCCUUCAGCGAUGUUCCUUCAGCGAUGUUCCUUCAGCGAUGUUCCUUCAGCGCUUGUCCGAGCUCCACGAUGAACCUCACAGACACGAAAACCUUCUCCGUUUAUGUGAAAUAUGAAACUCACGAUCCUGUACGUGAGAGAGAACAUUUUUAUACCAGUUUUAGAUUUUUAAUGCAGUUAUUACAAGUGCAUCUCAAUCAGCGACUGUAAUUUCUACACUGUUUAUUAAUUUCAUUUCUAACCUGUUAUUAGAAAAUUAUUAAGAAAAUUUUUUUUUCUUAAUAAUAAUGUAAAACGUGGUGUGUGGAGGAAGAAGGUCUUUCCUUCAGGCACCUUUACGAGCUUCUUUGGUUUCCCUUUUGGGAGAACGUUUAAAGGUUCUGUGUAGAAUCUGCUUCAGAGUGUUUAUCAGAAAGGAGAACCGUUUCAGAAGGUGAAGAACACUUUCAUACUACAGAACCCUAAAACUCUUUCAGAGAAGGUUCCAAGUAGAACAUUUAGGAAACGAAGAGCCUUUAAUUAUCCAUGGAGCCCUUGAUGAGUGUGUAAUAAUCCGCACCUGAGCGCACUCCAGUUCAGCGAACCUGAAAUUCCCCCUAAAUAAUAUAGAACCCUUUAACUGUUUCACUAUGAGGUUCCAAAAAGAACCGUUUUAGGAAAUGAAGAACCUUUAAUUAAAGAUUGAUCCCUUAAAUAAUAUAGAUCUCUCUUUUUGUUCCUUUCAGAAAGGGUUCCCUUUAGAACACCUGUAGAAAGCUAAAAAAUUAUUACUUAUUAAAAGGAACCUUUCAAGAAUGUAGAACCCUACAACUUAGUGUUUAUCAGAAAGGGUUCCUAAUAGAACCUCUUGUUUUUUGGAAAGUGAAGAACCACUUAGUUAAUAAGUUAAUAAUCCAGUGAACCCUUAAAUAAUGUAGAGCUCUAUAUCUGAGUGUUCCCUCUCAGUGAAGGUUCCAAGUAGAACCCUUGUAGAAAUCUUACUCGCUAAAAGGAACCCUGGAAGAAUGUAGAACCCCACAACUGAAUGUAUUCCUGAAUGAAGUUCCAGAAAUCAGAAAGAUUUUCAAGUGGAACCGUUUUCUGAAAACUGAGAAAACUGAAUUAUUCUCUUAAAGAACCCUUGAAGAACUCUGUUGUUCUAAUUUUCUUCUUAAUAUCUAGAACCUGUCAGGAGUUUAACAUCCAGCUUAAUGAAAGGGUUCUUUACGGGUUCUGUGGGUAAUUAAGGGUUUGCAGCCUCCAGAAAGGGUUCUACAUCAUGCUCAUGGGUUCUAAACAGAACCUUUAAGAAGCUCUAAGGGUUUUUCUAACUUUUCUGUGUGUAAGUUUGGAAGUUAUUUGUUUAAAUUGAAUAAAAAUGCUGGAGUCGCGUUUUUCUGCAGACUCGCAGGGAGUUUUAUAGUCUUUCAGUUUUUCAGUUUUUCGUGUUGUUCCAGGCUUUACGUUAUAAAUGUUAUAAAACGACGUUCUAAAAAAGUUAGAGAUAAAUGUCUAAUUCUGAAGGAGAAUUUCAAAGAUAUAUGUUUUUUUUUCUUUCAUUAUCCUGGCAGCUUCACUUGAAAUAAGAAAAUGAAAAAAUGUGAAAUUACACAUCAAUCAUCUUUAUAAAAUUUGUUCUUGU